AUGUAUACAGAUGUCGCGAGAGGCCGGGGAUGUGAAGAUGCUGCGCAGGAGCAGGAGCAGCUGAAGCUGGAUGACACGGAGGAGUUUGAAAGUGUCAAGAAAGAGCUGGAGAGUCGAAAGAAACAGAGGGAUGAGGUGGACGUAGUUGGUGUCACCACAUCCAGUGAGAUGAGCGGCGCAUCAGGUGGCGGCACGGACGGGAAGACCAGGGAGCAGAUGAUCCACGAGCGAAUCGGUUACAAACCCCACCCAAAGCCGAACACGUUACCGUCACUUUUUGGGAACCUUCAGUUUUGACCAUUUGCAAGGUCUUGACAAUCUGCAUCACACACAUACAUGUAUUAUGAUUUGAUAAUGCCUGACCUGAAAUAGACUGAAAGCAUUCUGGGUUUGGUUAACUGUGUGUUUGUGAUAACUGAUUACAAAGGACUAUUUUUCUACUUGAGUAAAUACAGUCUUGUCCGUUGGAUGUGGAAAAUUGUGUCUUUUCGCUUUACUGAAAAUACAACAAGAACAAGACGAGGAGAAACAUUUCAUAGGUGAGCCGAUCAUCAAAACGGGUUAGUUUAUAAAUGAGGUGGUCAAGAAGAAGAUCUUUGAAAUCAUACAAUAUUUAUUCAUCAUUUUCUUUAUGAUUACAGUACAUUACUCUACAGACUUUACUGAACUGUAAACAGACUUAAGAAAUCUUAACACUGCCACAGCACUGGAAAUGAGGUUCAGUCUACAAUUGUAGUUUUUCCCCACUCAAGACAAUGCGAACUUUGUUUUUGAAACAAAAUCUGAGUUUUGAGUAACCCCUGUGAUGGAGAACAGAACCUCAGAUCUACAAUUCUACAAAAACAUGACGUGAAUAUUUUCUUUUAGAAUAGUUUUUCUGCUUUAAAAAAAAAAGAAGAGAAAAUUACAGGA